AUGAGCAUCGAGCACAGGCGCUCCUGCACCGGCUCCGCGCCCCACGUCACCAAGCGGCUCUGCGCCACCAUCGUACUCCUCAUCGGCAUCAUUUGCAUAUUUGGAGGCUAUUUGUUAGGUCGAAUGGCUCGGAACGAGGUGAAGCGAACCAACGACAUUAUAUCCAUCAAUCUGACGAUAGCCGCAGAGAACCUGUUUAGAAAAUCAAAACGAAUAUCGCCUAAAGCGGUCCACCAUAAUGACUCGGAAAAGGUGGCGGCAAAAAUAUUGGAGGCAUUUCGCUGCAGUCAAGCCGAAUGUGGCACCAUGACCAGUUACAACGUCGCCGAAUUAGUUAAGAACUGUAUAAGUAACGAAGUAACCAAAUUAAUCAGAUCUAUUAAUAAUGCAUCGCUGUAUUUAGACUCUCUUAGA